UCUACUCCAACCAUUAAACCUCACCAUCCCUUUCAAGAUUCUACUCCAACGGUUAAACUUCAUCAUACCUUAAAUUACAGUACUUUAUUGAACUGCCAUCUUGUAGUUUUCUACAUCACACAUGGGUCAUAUUGGGUCGUUUGAGCUGAACGGAGUACAUAUCCAAACAAGAGCAACAUCCAACGAGAAAGAGAUCGAGAACCAUAUAUCGUCUUUCUUGCGUCCUUCCCACAAUCAUCGAACCAAAGUUAUCGGUUUCGAUGCCGAGUGGUUUCUGUUAGACGGUACAGAACCAGAAACCAUUACCAAGUCGAAAUGUGCCACCAUACAACUCUGUGAUGGACACUCGUGUCUUAUUAUUCAGCUAAAUCAGUUCAAUUCAUUUGAAAGUGAUUUGAGUAGCCAUAGAGUGACAUGCUUCUUUAACUCACUGCUUAAUCUUUUUUCUCUGCCGGAUUAUACCUUUGUGGGAGUUGGUAUGAAACAUAACUUGGCCAAGUUGGAGCAGCAGUGUGGGAUUGGAUGCAAGAAUGCAGUUGAACUUGGACCGUUGGCUGCUACUCUUAUGAAUAGGCCUCGUUUGAGUUAUUGUGGCGUUGAUGAAUUAGCAUUUGUGGUCAAUAAUCUUGAUUUAAGGAAGCAUAGACCUUUAAACAUGGAUUUUAAUUGGGGUAGCGAUCUACUUAGCACAGAACUUGUUAAACUUGCUGCUGUGAAUGUUUACUCUUACUACAAGAUUGGGAGCACGUUGCUUGGUUGUGAUGCAUCAUUCUCAUCUGAGCCAAGCUUUGAUAUAAAAGUUGACAUAUGA